AAUAAGGAGACCGCGCUCCUCCUCACUACACUUCCCAGUUAUUCUCUUCAUAGAGGGAGAGGGAGGGAAAGAGAGGGGGAAAGAUGAUGGAAGCCUACUCGAGGCGUGUUGGGCCUCUGAUGAAAUCCUCCACCACGCUCAGAUACCUCUACGCAUCUUCAGAAUGCAGAAAUGAACAUCCAAGAUAUGCGUCCACUCUCGCGGUUAAGGGCGUUGGGCAUCUCGUUCGGAAGGGCACCGGUGGGCGAUCAUCCGUCAGUGGAAUUGUUGCGACGGUGUUUGGGGCCACGGGGUUCCUUGGCCGUUAUGUGGUACAACAGCUUGCCAAAAUGGGAUCACAAGUUUUGGUUCCUUUCAGAGGUUCGGAGGAUUCCCAUAGACAUCUCAAAUUGAUGGGUGACUUGGGUCAGAUUGUACCAAUGAAAUAUAAUCCACGAGAUGAAAGUUCAAUCAAGGCAGUUAUGGCAAAAGCUAAUGUUGUGCUGAAUCUUAUUGGAAGAGAGUAUGAGACUCGGAACUACAGUUUUGAGGAAGUGAACCUUGAUAUGGCUGAACAUAUAGCUAAGAUAGCUAGAGAACAUGGUGGCAUCAUGAGAUUUAUACAAAUGUCCUGCUUAGGGGCAUCUUCUUCUUCUCCAUCCAGAAUGCUGAGAGCCAAAGCUGCUGCAGAAGCGGUUGUUCUGAGAGAGUUACCAGAGGCAACGAUCAUGAAGCCAGCUGUUAUGAUUGGUACAGAAGACCGAAUUAUGAAUAAGUGGGCGCACUUUGCGAAGAAGUGGAGUUUUCUUCCAAUGAUAGGGAAUGGAUCAUCAAAGAUCCAACCGGUUUAUGUCAUUGAUGUUGCUGCUGCCAUUGUUGCUGCCUUGAAAGAUGAUGGAGCUAGCAUGGGCAAGGUGUAUGAGUUGGGUGGUCCAGAUAUUAUGACUGUACAUCAACUGGCUGAACUGAUGUAUGAAGUUAUUCGUGAAUGGCCCCGUUAUGUUAAUGUACCUUUUCCUAUUGCAAGGGCUGUUGCAACCCCAAGAGAGUUCUUUCUGCGGAAGGUUCCAUUCCCUCUUCCCAACCCUGACAUUUUCAAUUUGGAUCAGAUUGAAUCCCUUACAGUGGACACAGUUGUUUCUGAAAAUGCAUUAACGUUUCAAGACCUAGGGAUUGCGCCCCACAAACUGAAGGGCUAUCCAACCGAGUACCUCACUUGCUACCGUAAGGGUGGACCUUCUAUUGGUGCUACGAUCAGUGAGAGAAUAACGAGUCCGGAUUUCUAGUUUUCGAUCUGCUAGUCUGUUGGGAGCUGUUUUACAAUAAUCGUUGACAGGUUUUGAAAGUGCCUUUUGCUGUCUAUUACUUGCUAUCCGGGAUUUGGCAUCACCUUUGAUGACUGAUAACAGCCCCUCGAUGUUUGCUUUGGCCUCAGUUGGACAGACUCAGCCAAAUUAUUCGUGUCUAUGGUCAGGUGCACAAUACGGGUUUGAGGAGAAUAAAUGACAUUGGAGACCCUUGAAUUCUAGGGGAAUUUUCUCCCACUUUAUUUCCCUUGUUGACCUUUGUUUGGUUUCAAAUUGCGGAGCCAUUUUCUUCUUUCAUAAGGUGUAGGAGGUUGAAGCUACUACUGUCGACUUGUCCGGGUAUAUUUAAACUUUCAAAUCCUUGUAAAGGGAAUUUUCUUGUUGGUAUCUUAGCUUAAUUGAAUACUUGAAUUUCUUUCAACAAAAUCACAGUAAGAGAAAAUCAUGUGGUUCUUCAGUCUCA